UUCCAGGCGCGUGUAAGAAGCUGACCACAAAAGAACAUACACGCAGCAUGGGGACUGGGUCGAUGCGGGAGGAAUUUCGAGUGAGGAAGCUGGGCUUUAAGUAUCAUAACCCAGCGCAUUUCUAUUCAUGUCAAUGGCAGUGGCCAGCAUGGGUUUAUAUCGUCAUCCGGGUACUGAUAUCUCUUUAUACAAUAGGUAUCCUUAUUUUCUUCUUCAUAAGAAACUCCGGCUACACGGUAAUGCAAUUUCUGACAGUAUGGACAUACAUCCUGUUAACACUUCACUUCUUUGUGACCGCACUCAUCUCCGUGUUACAUCACUUCCGGCGAACCAGUCCAAGCGCUUCUGUUGACAAUGAACAUAAAGACGGAAGCAGAGAAAAUCCGGGCUUCGUGAUCGAAAAGGGACAGAUCGAAAUAGAAAAUCCUCAAACAUGUACAGAGGACAGAUGCAGUAGUUCAGAAAAAUUUCAGAACGCGCUAAACGAUAAUAUUACAUGGUAUAUGAAAUUGUCGUGGUUGCUCGCAGACAUAGUGCAAGUGUUUUCGAUUUGUGUCACAGCAAUCUACUUCAGCGCCAUCUAUCCAACUUUAAACGCUAACGUAAGUGAAAUCGAACUCUUCGUCGAUUUUAACGUGCACGCAGUGAACUCAGUAUUGGUGCUGAUAGACCUCCUAGUUUGUGCGCGUCCGGUCCGGAUUCUUCAUUUCAUCUACCCCUCUGUGUAUGGCAUGGUAUACGUCACGUUCAGCGUCGUGGUGUUUGAAGUCUCGGGGACCGUGAUUUACAAUGUUCUAGACUAUACGCAGCCCGUAUACCCUGUAGUUACUGUGAUAAGCAUGGCUCUUGUUGCCAUACCACUUUUACAACUAGCUAUCUAUGGCAUUUACCGUUUGAAAGACUACCUAUUCGGUAGAAUAUAUAAUUGUUAAACUCUGCAGGGAAACACGUCUUACGUAAUUUCACGUGUCAUAUAUAGCUGGCAGCGAUAUUUCCAUUAAUCUUAUCAAAGUGAUGUCAAUGUUAAAAACUUCUUUUCCCACUUGCAUGAGAGAGAAAAAAAUGAAUAGCGUUUAUUUCGUUUUAGUUAAUAAAGGAUCUGAACAAAUGCUGUACAUGGCUACAUUUAAGACGUCUUUCAAUUUUUGAAAGUAUAUGAUAUGAUAUACCUUGAGCCCUGGCAUACCGUCAUAUUGAAUAAAACGAGUUUUACAAUUUAA